AUGGAAGGGAUUUCCAUACGAAACUUAAAUUUUAUGGGGAAGCCAAAAUCGCACGCCUCUUCUCUUCCGCCUCCAUUCUUCCAAUCAAAGCUCCUCUGUUUUUCUCUUCUAUACCUCCUAACCUCUCUCUCCCUCGCCUUCUACAAUUCUCUCUCCGCCACCCGCUGCCUCUUCCGAUCUUCCCCUUUCGACCCAAUUCAGUCCCCUCUCUUCACUUACCCUUCCUCCUAUGGCGAGCACAAAUACGUCAUUCCCACUCAUCGCAAUUCCUGCUCUUACCCUGUUCACUUCUCCGAUUACUGGAAUGUGUUGCGGGAGAUCCAAGAAUUGUCGACUAUGCCACCGCCGUUGCCGGCCCUGAGGUAUAUCAAGGGCAAGGGUCAAAGUUUCGGUGGAAAUUUCAGUACCCAGAACAGAGUUUCUUAUUUCAAUCACUCCGAUAAUGGCAUUGAGGUUCCUUGUGGGUUCUUCAAGGAUUUCCCAGUCAGUGAUUCUGACCGGAAGGCAAUGGAGAGUUGCCACGGCUUAGUGGUCGUGUCCGCGUUGUUCAACGACCACGACAAAAUCCGGCAGCCGAAGAGCCUGGGCUCGAAAACGAUGGACACCGUGUGUUUCUUUAUGUUUGUGGACGAGGUGACCCUGGCCGCGCUGGAGCAGCACGGGGUGGUGAAAUCCAGGGCCUCACCAGAGAGCAGGGUAGGUGUUUGGCGAAUUGUCAAGGUGAACAGCGAUGAAGGUUUGUACGAGAACAAUCCAGCGAUGAACGGGGUGAUACCGAAGUAUUUGGUCCACAGGCUGUUUCCGAACUCGAAAUUCAGCAUCUGGGUUGACGCCAAGAUGCAGCUGAUGGUCGAUCCGUUGCUGUUGAUUCAUGCAUUGGUUGUGGCUCAGGAUGUGGACAUGGCCAUAUCUAGGCAUCCUUUCUUUGUUCAUACGAUGGAGGAAGCCAUGGCCACUGCAAGGUGGAAAAAGUGGUGGGAUGUUGAAGGGUUGAGGCUUCAAAUGGAGACUUACUGUGGGAAUGGGCUGCAGCCAUGGACCCCCGAGAAGCUCCCUUAUCGAUCAGAUGUUCCAGAUAGUGCUGUGAUACUGAGGAGGCACGGGCCGAGGAGCGACUUGUUCUCUUGCCUUGUGUUCAACGAGCUGGAGGCGUUCAACCCGAGGGACCAGCUGCCGUUUGCUUACGUUAGAGACGGGAUGAGCCCCAAGGUGAAGAUGAACAUGUUCGACGUGGAAGUGUUCGAGCAGAUUGCACUGGAGUACAGGCACGUUUUGAAGAGAUCGUCGUCGCCGGCGGCGGAACAAGGGACCAAAAGGAGGAGAGUGGGAGGUGGGUUUUGGCAUGAUUUGGUUGUGAAUAGCAGUUGUUGCAGUAGGUGCCAGAAUUACUUGUUGGAGAUGUGGGGUGGCGAUUCCCAUGUAUAA